AUGGACACUGAUACAGAACGAAUUUCGGUCGAGUCUACAUUAAAAGAACUACACGCAUAUGCCAAGCUGCUCUUCCUCCGCACUGGCCGCCAAUUCCAAGGAAAAGUCUCAUAUCAAGAGCUUGAAGAAGACAUAUCCCCAGACGAAUGCAGUAACGACGGCAACUCUUUGAACAAUGCUCCACUUGGCAACUUUGAUACUGACCAAUUGCGUCGCAACUUCCUAGAUAGGUUGUCCGAGACAGUUUCUUCUAUGAAAGGAGGACGCCAUGUUGCUGCUAGCUAUAUGUUCUAUUGGCCUGAUAAGAUCAAGGUCUUUGUAGCGAUGAACUCGGGACUCCUUGAAGGGGAUACAUUGUCUAAGUUCUUGGACACCUUGUGUACCUCUCUUAAGACUAUUUCUGUUGCUCCAGAUAAUGAGACCGAGAAGCACAUGGAUGCACUCUGGAAUAUGUUACUUCGUCACCAGUCCUCAAGGCUGCAGGCCACCAUCGUCGAUUUGCGUCAAAUCAUGAAAGGCUUGAAGGACCUUCUUCCGCAGCUCCCUGGUUCAAAGUCAAUUGGUGAUGGUGCCCUUGCAGAUAUAGAUGGAAUUAUGCUAGGCUUCGAGGGUUGCUUGAAGGUACUGGCCCAGUUACUCUUUGGUGAUAGUGACUCGAAUUUGGAACGACACAACAGUCUUGUGACGGUGAGCCAUGCUGUCUACCGGACUUUUCCAGCCGAGAAGUUCCAGGCUCUCGGUCGACAAGGUGAAAGGCUACGCCAGGAAAUUGGCUUCCUAGGCCGUCUCCAGACGUCACUCCAUGUACUAGUUGCAGCUGCGCGGCAAAUAUCCGGCUUUGACGACCUGUCACUUAUUCCCGUGGUUAAACCAAAGAUUCGAAAGAAACCAUCUGGCCAAGAAUGGAACCUUGCCAGAACAUUUCACGCACUCAACAUUCAACUGAGCAAUACAGCAGUGGAGAAGCUGAUGCAGCCGUCGAGUUCAAAGAUCAAAUGGACGAAGAACAAAGUAAUCACCGACUUUUCUAGACUCAAAUCGCCGACGUGGGAAAUACACGCCGAAGUCCAGCUCGUAGCUUUUACGCUCAGCCACCCUGAUGAAAUUGCCAAUGGGAAAAGGUUCGACUAUAUUGGCUGUAGCAGAUAUAUCUGUCUACAGUGUUCCAAAUUCCUGCAAUGCUUCCCAGAGUUGAAAACGCGUGGGAGCCAUGGCAAGUUAUAUAACCACAGCUGGACUCUUCCUCCUGGGGAUAGCCUGGGGAAGGACGGACAGCAGGCACUGUACGCAGCUGCGAGAGAGGUUACAUCGUGGAUGCGAAAGGAGCUAUUAGGCAGCUCAAUAGUAACGCAUCAUAGAAAGCCAGAGGUCAAAGAAUCGACAAUCGGCGGCAGUUUGAUGUCAGUGUUUGAGACAAGUCAAGAAGGACAUCAGCAAAGUCACGCCAUAUCGGAGCAUCUCUAUCGCCAACGAGCAGAAGCUUUUCAUGGAACGUCGAGCCAUAACAGGAAUUUCUCCAGCCUGCCGAAUUCUCUUCAAGACGAGGAGACCUCAAUAGUUGAAGUAUAUGAUAUGACGCCCGCAGAAAGUGCUAUAUCAUCAUGUACUACUUGCUUCGACAAAACCACUCGACGAUGCUCUUACUGUCGACAAGGUCGGUUCUGCAACAAACGCUGUGAGCGGAGAAUGCCAUUGUCACACCUCCUCAAAUGCAACAUGCGGCAAGUCACCUCGGCUGACUACCUUUAUCAGGACGUCCGUGAGGAUAUAAUUCCUACAGACUCCCAGGUAAGGCAAGACUACUGGUUCGACCGAUGCCAAAGUUCGUAUGAAGAAUCUCAUCUAGCGGGACUUUUCGCGGGACUUCUUCGUUACCACCAUUUUCCUAUCACACGUGAAGAACUUCACCAGUGGAAGUCGGACUCAGGUGACAAUGAAUAUCUCGUGAAAAGGAUAGUUGAGAAAUUCGAGGAGUUGCCCAAGGGCGGUACUGGACGCUACUUUGCUUGGUUUCUCAGACACCGCAACCGUUUCGAGCUACCAGAUGGCCACGAGUCCAUUCCCCAACGGCCAAGUCCUGAGAUGCAGGCAAAAAAUAUGCGGGACAAAGCCUGGAAGUAUCUAGCCCCAGAAGACCAGAACAAAGACUUCGAGGACUUGAGUCCAUUUGCGAAGAUGCAUUGCUUUGCCUUCUACUCUAUUACCAUAGAGAGUGCGAGAAGACGAUGUCUUGGGGUAGGCAGUCUUUAUCUUGGAUGA